UUCUUGUGCCGGCAUCUGAGCAUUCUCAGCUCAGUAGCGCAGCGAUGUUCGUUGUAGGCGCGCGGACGAGCCUUUGGGCCGUCCUUGUGCUUCGGAUGAUUUACACUGUGCAGGGUGAAACGUCUUUGACACCGCCGUAUUUCAAUUUGGCCGAGGGCAGGAAGAUCACGGCAUCGGCCACGUGUGGUGUCGACACCGAAGGACCGGAACUAUACUGCAAAUUAGUAGGGGCCAAUGCCGAAAAUGAUCUAAACGUUAAUGUUAUCCAAGGACAGUUUUGCGAUGUUUGCGACCCAACAAGACCAGACAAAAUGCACCCUCCAGAAUUUGCAGUGGAUGGUAUGGAAACGUGGUGGCAAAGUCCCCCAUUAUCACGAGGAAUGAAGUACAACGAGGUUAACUUAACUAUAGACCUCGGUCAAGAAUUUCAUGUUGCGUACGUGUUUAUCCGAAUGGGUAAUUCCCCGAGACCUGGCCUGUGGGUUCUAGAAAAAUCUGCUGAUUAUGGAAACACCUUUAAGCCCUGGCAAUAUUUUUCCGAUUCUCCAGAUGAUUGUCAAACAUAUUUCGGCCGAGAAAGUUUACAGCCAAUCUCGAGAGACGAUUCUGUUAUUUGCACAACAGAAUAUUCGAAAAUCGUACCUUUGGAAGGAGGAGAAAUCCCCAUUUCACUACUAAACAACCGACCAUCUGCUAAUCAUUACUUCAAUUCCACGGUUUUACAAGAGUGGACAAGGGCAACUAAUGUUAGAUUGCGACUUUUAAGAACGAAAAAUUUGCUAGGGCAUCUUAUGUCGGUGGCCAGGCAAGAUCCAACCGUCACUAGAAGAUACUUCUACUCCAUCAAAGAUAUCAGUAUUGGAGGACGUUGCAUGUGUAACGGACAUGCUGACACUUGCGACAUUCAAGACUCACAAGAUCCGAGUGUUUUAUUAUGCAGGUGCCAACACAAUACUUGUGGAGCAAAAUGCGACUCGUGUUGCCCUGGUUUUGAACAGAAGAAAUGGCGACAAUCCAAAAUAGACGAUCCGUUUGUUUGUGAACCUUGCAACUGCUUCUACCAUAGUAACGAAUGUGUAUACGACGAAGAAACAGAUCGACAACGACUGUCGCUAGAUAUUCACGGUAGAUACGACGGUGGAGGUGUCUGUCAGAACUGUCAACACAAUACCGACGGUAUAAAUUGCAACAAGUGUAAACCCACAUUCUAUAGACCUUAUGAUAAACACUGGAAUGAAACCGACGUGUGCCGACCUUGUGAUUGCAACCAUUUUUAUUCUACUGGUAACUGUGCGGAAGGUUCUGGUCAGUGCGAGUGUAGGAAAGAAUUUAAACCUCCGAGGUGUGAUGAUUGUAGUUUUGGAUACUUUGGUUACCCAGAUUGCAGACCGUGUGAAUGUUUCUUGAAUGGAACCAAGGAUUUGCAGUGUGCUGCACAGAAUGGACAGUGUCCAUGUCUGUAUAAUUUUGGAGGGCAUUAUUGUAAAGAGUGCGCACCUGGAUACUUCAGUUUUCCGAGCUGUAAACAUUGCGAGUGUAAUCCAGUUGGUGCAAUUUCACAAACCUGCGACCAAGAAACCGGAAACUGCACUUGCAACAACAACUUCGGGGGUAAACACUGUGACGAAUGUCAGGCCGGAUACUUCAACUACCCUUCAUGUUCAUAUUGUAACUGCGACAUCAAAGGCACCAAAGAAGGAAUCUGCGAUAAACAAUCAGGUCAGUGUAUUUGUAAAGAAGGCUACGGUGGCGAUCGCUGCGACACCUGUCUCUUGGGCUACUACGGAUUUCCGGACUGUAAGCCCUGCAACUGCAGCAAAGUGGGCUCUUUGGGCUUCAGCUGCAGCGCAACUGGGAAAUGUCAAUGUUCAGUUAACUACGCCGGAAAAACUUGCGAUCAAUGCAGUCCCGGCUACUACAAAUAUCCGGAAUGUUUACCGUGUGAAUGCGACAGUCACGGAUCUAAUGGAGUCUCCUGCGACAACGAAGGCAAAUGUGAGUGUCAUUACAACUUCGCAGGACAACGGUGCGAUGGUUGCAAAGAAGGCUUUUACAAUUUUCCCCAGUGCGAAGACUGUAAUUGUCAUCCAGCGGGUGUUGUGGCUGGGUUUGCGGGCUGUGGGUCAGUACCCGCUGGGGAACUUUGCCAGUGUAAGGAAAGGGUGGAAGGUCGCAUUUGUAAUAAAUGUGGCCCUUUGUAUUGGAAUCUCAAUGUCAACAAUCCGCAAGGGUGCGAAGAGUGUAACUGUAAUAUACCUGGGGUACUUGGUGGUAUUGCGGUUUGCGAUUCAGACAGUGGAGAGUGUGUUUGUAAGUCUCUUGUGGUAGCGAGGGGUUGUACAGAGUGCGCUGAUGGUACUUACGAUCUACAAGAAGAAAAUCUGUUUGGUUGUUCCGAUUGUGACUGCGAUGUUGGCGGCGCGGUGAACAACAUUUGUGACAAAAAUUCCGGUCAAUGUUUAUGUCAUUCGAGGGUUACAGGGCGUACCUGUAAAGAACCACUUCAAGCUCACUAUUUCCCGACUUUGUACCAAUAUCAGUAUGAAGUCGAAGAUGGUCACACUCCUGCUAAUACUUUGGUCAGAUAUGCGAAUGACGAAGACAUUUUCCCACAGUAUUCGUGGAAAGGCUAUGCCGUCUUUUCUCUCUUACAGAACAAAAUUUUGCAAGACAUUCAUAUUUUCAAACCUUCACUCUAUAGAAUGGUACUUCGCUUUGUGAACCCAAACCCUGAAACCGUUAUAGGAAAAAUUAAAAUAACGCCGGAUAAUCCGAGCGAUAACGAACAAGAAUUCCAGGUGCAAUUCAAAAAUUCUUCUGCUCCUGCUUUCGUUACAGUUUCGGGUGCUACCGGAAAUACACCAUCACCUUUUGUUAUGAAUCCUGGUCGCUGGCAAAUUGGUAUAGAGGUUCAUAAAAAUCUACUGCUGGAUUAUUUCGUACUUCUACCGGAAGAUUUCUAUUUGGCAACUAUAUUAAACAAAAAAGUCGAAAAACCUUGCACCACAGACGACUUAGGUUUGUGCCGGGACCACACCUACUUAAACUUAACUGACUACUCUAUAACUUACGGUGCCGGAGGAUACAUUCCAGAGGGUCGCAGAAUCGGGAAACUUCGAGAAUAUUUCCAAGAUACCCAGCAUUUGUCAAAAAUUGGUGUAGGCAACAGAGUCCCGACUUUAAAUCUUGCCCAACCUGAAGUAUCGUUCAACAUUACUGUAAACAAACCAGGGCAGUACGUGAUAGUGAUCAACUACGUUACACCCAAUGAAGAUCAGAGAACACACAAAGUAGAUGCCGUUUUACGUUCUGGUGAUCAUACUACUCAAGGACAAACAGUUUUAUAUUCAUGUCCGUAUACUACUUUAUGUCGGCAAGUGGUGACAACAAAUGACGGCAUUGUGGCGGCACAGCGGGUGGAUGGAAAUGAAAUUGCAGUUAAUUUGAAAGGUUCCAAUUCUGAUGUGGGUAUACACUCAGUGGUUGCUAUACCAUUCGAGCAAUGGUCAUUAGAUUACAUUAAACCAAAAUCGGUUUGUAUUCGAAAAGACGGUAAAUGUAUAGCGUCUUCUUUCCAAAACCCUCCAGAGACGAAAAAAAUUCAGUUUGAAGAAAAUUACGCCCCACUGGCUACCACGCUCCUGAAUACCACGUAUAUGUGGUUAAAUCCAAACUAUAACACCAUUGAUCUAAAAGGAAAAGUACCGAGUCCGGGAGAUUAUAGUUUCGUUGUCCAUUAUUAUCAACCCAACUUCCAAGAUUUCGAUGUUAAGGUUUUAAUGCAAAAUGGGCAAUUUUAUGAAGCAACGUUGCCUGUGAACUAUUGCCCAUCCCUCUCCGGAUGUCGUGCGACGAUAAAACAAGCAGACGGAAACUCCAAGUUCUCACUAACAGAAAACUUCAUGCUUACUUUAAAGGAACCCGACAGCAAGAACGUAUACCUGGACUACCUAUUAGUUAUUCCGGCCGAUUUUUACAAUGACAGAUACCUGGAAGAAGAAGAUGUCGACCGUACAGGAGAAUUCAUCUCCACCUGUGGCAGCAACCACUUCAACAUUAACACAACAGCAGAAGGCUUUUGUAGAGACAGUGUCUUUUCCAUAACGGCAGGUCACAACAGUGGCGCCUUACCAUGUCGGUGUGACUACGAUGGCUCUCUUAGUUUUGAGUGUGACAAAUUUGGAGGACAGUGUCAGUGUAAACCUAAUAUAAUUGGUCGAACCUGUGAGGCUUGCAAAACCGGCUUUUUCGGCUUUCCUGACUGUAAACCAUGCAACUGCCCAACGAUUGCGUACUGCGAACCCACCGAUGGUAGAUGCAUUUGUCCACCGCAUGUAGAAGGGGAAAGAUGCGACCAGUGUAAACCUUUAACUUACGGCUACGAUCCCAUUAUCGGAUGCGAAGAAUGCAACUGCAACGUGCUGGGUAUCCAAGGCUCACUGCAGUGUGAUCUCAAUAAUGGAAGCUGCCAUUGUAAAGAAAAUGUGGUGGGCCGACAGUGCAACAAAUGUUUGGCUGGUCACUAUGCGUUCCCGUAUUGCGAAAACUGCGCCUGUGAUACUAGAGGUACAAACAACGACAUUUGUGACCAACAAACGGCCGAAUGUUUCUGCAAGAAAAAUGUGGUUGGACCUCAGUGCGAGACAUGUCGCGAAGGCACUUUUAACCUGCAAGAAUCAAAUCAAGACGGCUGUACUGAGUGUUUCUGCUUUAGUAAAACCACCAGAUGUGCAAGUUCAAAACUGAUCAGAAUACCGAUAAUACAAAUGGAUGAGUGGCAGCUCGUGGAGCUCGACCUCGAUACCAAAUUAGGAAUAAAUCGGUUAAAUUUGACGGUGGAAAAUACUGAGGAUUAUACUAUUGAUGCUGUGUUUGACAAAACGGAUAAUGAGAAUAUUACGAUUUACUUUUCGGCGCCUAGUGAUUAUAUUGGAAAGAAAUUAACUACUUAUGGGGGUUUUCUAAAUUAUACGCUGUACUACACUAUAACGCCUGGCGAAGGUAGCGCUGUCAGCGAACCAGAUGUUAUUUUGAAAGGUAGAAAAACAUACUUGGUUUAUUCCAGUUAUGAACAACCUGCAGCCGAUGAGGAAUACCCGGCUAGUGUUCAAUUUGUGGAAGAUAAUUUUGAACUACCUACUGGUAUACCAGCUAGAAGAGACCAUAUCAUGGAGGUUUUAGAAGAUUUGCAGGGAAUUUACAUUAGGGCUACCUACUGGACUGGGACUGUUACGACGAAAUUAUCAAAUGUUCUCCAAGACGAGGCAAUCCCCUAUCAACACUAUACCGGUGACAACAGAAAUAUCCUUCUUGCUGAUACAGUUGAAGAAUGUCGCUGCCCUGAAAACUACCAAGGGUUAUCAUGCGAAGAGUGCGCUCCAGGUUACUACAGAAUAGAAACAGGCCCUCACGGCGGUUACUGCGUUCCAUGCCAAUGUCACGGCCACGCCACCGAAUGUGACGUCGCCACUGGAAUUUGUAUUAACUGCACUCACAACACUCGUGGUGACCACUGCGAACAAUGUGAAGUUGGCUAUCACGGAAAUGCUCUAGCAGGAACUUCCAGGGAUUGUUUAAUUUGUGCGUGCCCUUUGCCCGUAGCGAGCAACAAUUUUGCGACAGGAUGUGAUGUCAGUUCGGACGGUGAAAAAAUUAGUUGUGAUUGUAAAGAAGGGUACUUUGGAGGGCGUUGUCAAUCGUGCGCUGCAGGGUUUUAUGGGAGGCCAGAAGUUUUAGGUGAUAUAUGUAAACCCUGCCAAUGUUCGGGCAACAUCAACCCUGACGACCCCGGAUCUUGCGAUACCGCCUCAGGAGACUGCCUAAGAUGUCUAAACAACACAUUCGGUAAAGCUUGCUCUCUAUGUGCCCCUGGGUACUUUGGAGAUGCUGUUGUUCUCAAGGAUUGUCAAAGUUGCAUAUGUGAUGAUGUGGGCACCGACCACUGCAACAGCUUCACUGGAGAAUGCGUCUGCAAACCUAACGUCAUCGGGGAAAAAUGCGAUCGCUGUGAAGACACUCACUACGGCUUCCAGACUGGAGCUGGUUGUGUACCGUGUGACUGUGGUGACGCUUCGGAAAGUGCUAGAUGCGAUGACGUCACUGGACAAUGUAGGUGUAAGCCUGGAGCCGCUGGAAGACCUUGUGAUCGUUGCGCGGCUGGCUAUUGGAAUUAUACAGAGGAAGGAUGCGUUUCCUGUGGUUGCAAGAGUGAUUAUUCCCGUGGUUUCGGCUGCAACGCACAAACUGGACAAUGCGAGUGUCUCCAGGGGGUCAUAGGUGAAAAAUGCGACCAGUGUCCUCAUCGGUGGGUCUUUGUACCAGAUUACGGUUGCCAUCAAUGUGAUAGCUGCACGCACGCCCUCUUGGAUGAUACUGAUGGACUAAGAGCUUUGAUUGACCCCAUUAUUUUGGAAUUUGAUUCUGCAAAUUCGGGCUACUUUACAAGAAGAAAGCUUGAAAAUAUGAGAGAACUGUUACGGGAAUUAGAACCCAAGUUCAAUGAGGUUGAUCCAAAACAGAUCAGUCUGGACAUUUAUAUUGAAGAACUGCAAACCUUGGAACAAGAUUCUAAAAAUUUGAACCGCAAGGCGAAUUACUCAUUGGAAAAUAGCGACUCUUUGAAAACGAAUUCCGCAGAUUUGAAAGAGACAGCGGAGAUUCUUCUGGAUGAUGUUCAGAAUGCUGAAGAUGAUUCUAUACGUGUGAUCGAGGGAAUUGACAAGAUAAGUUUCCAACUCAAUAAGGACGAAAAUCCGGAAAUUGAUUCGGCUGUACAGGAAGGUGUCGAAAUUCUAAAUGCAAUUAAAAGAUACAAUUUAACUGAACGACAAAAUUUGACUGAUGUUGAAAUUGCGAAAGUGAAUGCACUUUUAACAAAUGUUACCAAUUUCGAAAUUCCUGUAGAGAAUUUGGACGAAAAAACUAAGAAACUGGGCGAUGAGUUGAAGAGCUUUAAUCAGAAAUUGGACGAUUUGUAUAAUCAAACGCAGUUCUCGCUGAACAAUGCAAAUGAGGCGCAGAGAAUAAUUGACAAAAGCGGCAUAGACAGAUUAAAGAAAAAACUAGGCGACAUUGAAACCCAAACUAAAGAAUCCCAAGACAACUUGGACGUAUCACAAAUUCUGAACGACAACUCAACCAAAUUCAACGAAGAAUCUAACGUAGAAUUACAGACCCUCCAAAAUCUGCUCAACGAAAUCGAAGUACACAACAACGAAAUCAAAUCAGUGAUAGACAACAACGAUGUAGAACUUGACGAAGUGAACAAUCAGGUCCCAGCGGUCAGACAUCAUGCUACAAACCUAACGGACAGAGCGAUGAACCUGGACAAUCUUCUAACAGAAUCUCGAGAUUUAUCAGGAGGUGCCGUGAGGGCCGUCAAAGCGUACAGAGAUAUCGUAGCAGCAGUCAAAAAUGCAAGCAAUGCUGCUAAAGCAGCUGAAGGGGAUAGCACGAGCGCCCUCAACUUGCUGGAAGACGUUGGUAACACAACUUACGAAGUAGCGCAAAAGUCUGCGAAGGACCUGGACAACGCAUUUGGAAUUUACCACAGUACAGUUCAAGAUUUGGAGCCGAGGGUGGUUGAUGCGAUAGAUCAGUAUAAACCUGUGAGAAAAACGCACGAGAUGAAUGAUGAAGUUUUAUCGAAUAUUGAGAAAAUGCUGGAGAAUAUACAGAAGCAGUCUCUGGAUCAAACUUACGCGCUUGCUGCAGAAAAAGCUGACAAUGCGAUGCGUUACGUAACAAAUAUAGAAGGCAUAGCCAAUGGGACGUUUGAUAAGCUCAAAAACGAAACAGGAAAUGCAACCCUUCUACCAAAAGUUCUGGACGAUAUGAACAGAGAUUUGUUGCAAACUCAAAAGCAGCUUAAUAUCGUGAAUGAAAAAUUACCGACAAUUGUUGAUACUAUGGAGGAGAUACCUGAACAACAAACUCGGUUGCAAAAUACCGUCGACAAUCUUGCAAAUUCCUUGAAGAAGUUAAAUCAACAAAUUAUUUAUGCUCGAGAUCUUGCUAAUCAGAUCAAGAUUGGUAUGAAGUUCUAUCCCAAUACCACCCUAGAGUUGAGAAAUCCGUCCAAUUUACAAGAACUUAGCACUUCAGAACGAAUUUCAGGCUACUUUAAGACGGAUCAAGAGCAUGCGUUAAUUUGGUAUCUAGGUAAUCCAGUUGGAACAAAUCUGAGGAGAACUAAAGGGGACGACUACAUGGCUCUGAUACUUCAAAAUGGUUAUCCUGUCUUAAAACUAGAUGUAGGAAAUGGUGUUGAACAAGUUAUUCUCGACAAAUAUGUUUCUAAUAACGUCUGGUAUCAAUUUAUUGUAGACAGAACUGGGCAUAACGCUAAGUUAACAAUACGUGAAGAAUUGCCGGGAGGCAUCGCAAAUACCACCUCAAAGGAAACCACUUUAGACGGACCUCUGUCCAUAUUUAACUUAGACCGAAAUAAGUCCAAACUGUUUAUUGGUAGUUACCCGGAUCAGUACAACAUGCAAAAAGAGGUCGAAGUUCUACCAUUCGAGGGUGAAAUCGAGGACUUUGUUAUAGGAGACAAACCAGUUUCGUUAUGGAACUUCAACUACGGUUUCGAAAACCAUCACGGUGCCGUUGAAAGAGAUAAACUAAUCAAUUUAGAACCUAGUACUGGAUAUAGAUUUAACGGCAACGGUUACGUUAUUCUUGACGCUCGAUCGUAUCCACUUAGAAGCAGAUCGAUUAUUCAGUUGAAUUUCAAGACGUUUGCAACUGAAGGUUUACUGUUUUUGGCGGGCAAAGGAAGGACUUUUAUUGCACUGGAAUUAAGACAGGGAAGGAUAUUGUAUCAGUAUAAUUUGGGAGGUCAAACAAAGAGGUGGCAAACCCAAAGAGCAUACAACGAUGGUUUGUGGCAUACAGUAACAGCUAGCCGUUUAGGAGCAGAUGGCAAACUUACGCUUGACAAUGAAGACAUCGACGAUACCACACCAGGGAUUGACGGUCAAUCGGUCGAGUCAAUCGAGACAAUUGCAUUUGGUGGUUACUCCGGCCAACAUCCGUUUGCAGACGUUACCAAAAUCAAGUUUGAUGGAUGCAUUGAUCACGUAGUGAUAAUGAGCAACCAAAUUGAUCUGAGAAACAAUAUCAAGGCUUAUGAUGUUACUCCGGGCUGUCCCGUUAAGUUUUCUCAAAUGGUUUCGUUUGAUAGGAGUCCAGGAUAUGUAGCCCAUGGUGGAGUGACCGUUGCUAACGAUUUUAAGAUUAGUUUUAAAUUUAAAACCAAAGAGAAAGACGGCCUGAUUUUCUACAGUACCGACUCUCUUCGCACUGCAAAUAUUUCUCUAGCACUUAAGAACGGUCAUCUAGUCUUGAUUAGUCAGAAAAUUGAGUUGAUGUCUAGGGGUACCUAUAACGAUAGUGACUGGCAUGUUGUUUCAGUGAUACACAAUGAUCAUUUCUUGAGGAUAGAUUUUGACGAUAUUGAACACGUCAGCCUUGACUCUGCUCCUCCUCAACUCUUCUACAUGCAUGGUACCUUGUACAUCGGGGGCGUACCUAGACAUUUAAUCCUAUCACCCGGUACUGUAGCCUCGGUAAUACCUUUCCGAGGCUGCAUAGGGGAUCUCACACUAAAAGGCAACGUGGUAAAUUUCGCCAAUAGCACAAACAAAGCCAACGAAAUAUUAGGAAAGUGUAUAUACGACAAAAACUACAAGGACAUCGACAGAAUCGAUACCGAACCCACCCUACCACCGUUGGAGCCACUGGAACCAAUAACAACUGAACAUUUCGGUGAAACCACUCAGGGUCCCCACGAACACACUACCAGACGUGGUGAUGGCGGCUUUGAUGACUUUGACAGGACAGACCAGGAAGCUGUAACAGAGGUUGUUCAACCACAACUCAUUCAAACUACGCCCCCACGUCCCUAUGGUCCAGUGGGUCGUGACCCCAUCACAACUGCAAAACCACCAGAAGAUGCUUGUGUGUUGCCUUUGGAUCCACCUCAAAGCGCUGCUGGAGUGUACAGAUUUGGGGCCCAGAAAGACAGCAGGCUUGAAAUUGAGAGACUAAGAGGAAGAUAUAAGAAACACAUUGAUUUUGCACUUGAUUUUAAGAGUGAUGCUCCAGAUGGUAUCAUUUUCUAUAUGUCGGACAAUUUCACUCACUCGCAAUAUUUAGCGUUGUUCUUGCAGCAAGGGAAUGUGGUCUACACUUUCAGUGAUGGUAAAUCUACCACUGUAAUAAAAUCUAACAACACGCAAGACUACAGUGAUGACAAGUGGCACGUAGUCGAGUUCAGCAGAGACGAAAAUGGAGGUAAAUUAGUUUUAGAUGGUCAAGUUUUCGACAAGCAAGAUUCCAGUAUGCAGAAACUAGAUGUCAAACAUCCCAUUUAUGUUGGUGGCUUAGAUCCCGAUCAUUACAACCUAAUUCAAGGAAAUUUGAACAACACCCGAUCCUUUAGUGGUUGCAUCAGAAACUUGGUCAUGAACAGCAAGCCUCUAGAAAUCCAACCCCAAAACCAAAUUGGGGUUGUCCCGUGCUUCAAUAACAUCGAAUCUGGGGCGUUCUUCCCAGGCAGAGGCGGCUUUGUCAGACUGAAGGAGCCCCGCUUUAAAGUGGGCGAUGUCUUCAAUGUGAAACUCGACAUUAAGCCAAGACGAGAUUCAGGUGUUUUGAUCGCCGUUAACGGGAGAAAAGAUUUCUUCGUUUUGGAGAUGAUUGAAGGUGAGAUGAGUCUGACGGUCGAAAACGGAAAUGGGCCUAUUAAAGCCGUGUACAACCCUCACAAGAAGUUCUACUUCUGCGACGGGCAGUGGCAUAGCGUUCAGGCUGUAAAAUCUAAAAAUGUGAUAACGUUGUCUGUGGAUAAUGUUUUUACUGAUCCGAAUCUGGGAGAUCACUCUUCGACGUCGACCGAUACAGGCAGCGCCUUGUUCUUAGGAGGGCACAGGUACUUAAAUACACCCAGAGCCAAGGGAGUCGUUACCAAGUUACCAUAUGUUGGGUGUGUGAAAAAUGUUGUCAUUAACGAUGAACCUAUAGAAAUUCAUGCCAAUAUGGCGGAAGGGGAUGUUAUUGUUGGUACUUGUCCGACUGAUUAAUUGGAAUCAAAUUACAUUCAAUAAAUGGUUUCAUAUUUU